AUGGGGGUCGAACUAACACUGCACCGACGCUACACUGAUACUCCACCGAGGAUUGGGCCUGUUCUCAUUGGCGCCGAUCAGCGGUUCUCGCCGUCGACUUUCUGCAGUCUCCUCCGUGCACUGGACAGUAUUGUAUUGUCGCCCCAUCGGAGUCUGGUUUCAUUGAAUAUGAGCACGGCAGGGCCGUCGUGGCUGCAGCCGACUGCGACAAUCCGUCCGCAGGCAGCGACCCAUCUCGCUCCAACGGAUGCCCCGACGGAGGCCCUAGUCGCACCCAAGUCUUCACGGAGAAUCGCCAAGGGCGAACAGACCUUUGUAUAA